AUGACUUUAACAUUCAGCCACAUGAGCGCUGACUCGUUCAUCGAGCAACAGCUGAAAGGGAGGAAACGACCCAGAGUUCGGGAAGCUGUGUCUUGCUGGCAGUGCCGAACGCGAAAAACACGAUGCGAUCGCGAAUCUCCCUGUGGCCAAUGCAAACAUCGUGGUAUCGCCACCGAGUGUAUUUACAGCACUCCCAAAGACCGCCAGGGCGUUCCAAGAUCGCGAUCAAGACUGCGCGUUCCUUCAUCGUCCUCAGCUCCCUCACCAUCAGCACAACUAUCCCCUGAGGGCCCGACACAAACACACACGCCACCAGACAGCUGCUCAUCAAGAGGGGAAACACCGGAGUCCACACCAACAACGCCAUCACCAGCCGAAAAGCAGAAUGUUGCUCACGCACCGAGAGGCAAUGCCUACAAGGGCACUGCGUUCAAGACUCGCGUGAUGGGCCUGAGUCAUUGGUUGGCUCCAUGUAACGAGAUGACAGUGUUGAAGGCAAUGUUGGAUCACUCGCCUGAAUUUCACACUAGUCGCAAGGCAUUUGCCGAGCUCAAAGCUCAGCUAAGGACAUACAACAAUGUCUCCGAACCGUCAGUGGGAAGGGACAGCGCCAGCCUUCGAUCGCUAUUACCCGAACGACAGGAAUGCGAGGCGUGGAUCGCGAAAUACUUCCAGACAUAUGGGCGCCUGUACGGAAUCCUCGACCAGCCAGCUUUUAACAGGGAUUUGGAUCGCAUUUAUUCAGGUUCCCUCGAUCAUCCGGUGCACAUAUGCAAAAUCCUGCUAGCCGUCAGCAUAGCCAUGCAGAGCAGCGAACAAGAGAGGCACCGUGGGAGGAGAUUGGCGAGGGCUGUCGAGAAUUGCAUAUAUACACCAAAGUUCCAAAAGCCAUGUUGUGGUGUGGUACAGGUUUUGCUGCUACUAGCAGUCAUGAAGAGCAUUUUGGCGUCGGAGACGGACAAGAUGUACGAUUUGCUUCCGCUUCAUGGGCUGAUCAGGGAUAUCACAACCAGCAUGGGUCUUCAUCGCGACCCAGCACUCUUCGUGGAGGUCACGCCGUAUUUUGCCGAGCUCAGAAAGCGCCUCUGGUGGUGCUUCGUGCGGUUGAAUUUGGAGUACUCGAUACGUAGUGGAACACAGUUCAGUUUGCGCUUGGAGGAAAGCGACUGCCCAUUACCACUGCCGAUCAGUCUCCGUACGUUAGACCGGGAAUCCGACGGAACGACAGACUCGGAUCUUGAAAGGACAGCCGAAAAUGACAUCAAGUUUUCGGUCGCUGCAGCAAAGCUGGCCCAAGUCAUUGGACCUUUACACCAAGCGCUUUAUUCAACCCAACCUCCUUCUACCAACGAACUUCAGGCGCGUCUUCGAGCGGGAUUCGGGAAGUUCCUGACAGAACUACCACCUGCACUGAGAUCUGGCGCCAAACCUACAGCCCCAAUCGAGGAGCUUCAGCAAUCUCUGAUCUCGAUCCCAAUGACCAGCUUCCUCUCUAUCACUGGACUGGGCGGCACAUUAGGCACAUCUCCAGAGGCCUCGCAACGCAGUCAGCUGUUGGAACUGUGGGACAAUGCCGCUUCUGUUUUGCAUCAGUUUCGCAGUUUAUGCCAGAUUAGCUCUGACGUGAGCAACAUGGCCUGCCAGCUAUUCUGGACCGAUGCUGCUCGUUCGGCGAUGGCAUCUUGCUGGAUUCUUGGCCGACUACGCCAGCUAGACAACAUCCGCAUUCUCUGCCACCCACAAAGGACAGGGUGUGUCUUCCGCGAGCUGUUGACCAAAUCUCUGGUUUUCCUGCAAGACCUAUGGCAGACGAGGUAUCACCUAGGAGUGGUGGCAGCCAAGUUCAAUUUGUUGCUGGCGGUCAGCAUCAACGUCACAUCAAAUCUGUACGCCGAUGACGUCGACACAGACACAUUCAGGCAAAGACUCUUUGACGGGGCAGCAACGGCAGCACAAGGGCUGAUUGCGAAUAUGCAGCAUGGCGUGCAGCUACGGCAGCAACAACAGUUCUCUGUGCCACUCAUUACGCUGGAUCCUCCACUUCUUAUGUCCGGUUCUGUAGAAUAUCCCACGUGGGAGGUGUCGGAUACUGGCGUAGGGCUGUUGGGUGUUCCGGACCCCUUGUCCCGGGCCAGCACACCUUUGUUGGGGCCUGAUUUUCUGCCUUUCGAUUAUCCCACGAAUGUGGAUUUUGCUGGUACUAUGUACACGAACAAUGACUUUGGGUUUGUCAUGGGGACUGGGGGGAUGUUUCAGGAUAAUAUGACACUGGGAUUGCCGCCGUUUGUGGAGCAACAGGGAAUGGUGCCUUUGUGGUAG